AUGAGAGGAGGGGAGGAGGGUGAAGAAUGGCGGCAAGGAAACAAAAGUGAGGUGCGUACAUCAAAUGAAAAGGGCAGAAGUCUAGAUGUGACUGCCAUCCUAAACAGCAGUGCAGCAGUUCAGCAGCACAGCAUACCUGCAUCCAACUCCAACCAGCACUGGCAGCCUACGUACAUCCCCUUUCCACUCAUGCCUUCCUCCUCUCCGCCUGCCCCUUCCCCGUCUGCCCCCUCCCACUCACAUCUGCCCCCUCCCACUCACGUCUACCCCCUCUCACUCACGUCUGCUCCCUCCCACUCACAUCUGCCCCCUCCCACUCACAUCUGCCCCCUCCCACUCACAUUUGCCCCCUCCCACUCACAUCUGCCCCCUCCCCCUCACAUUUGCCCCCUCCCACUCACAUUUGCCCCCUCCCACUCACAUCUGCCCCCUCCCCCUCACAUCUGCCCCCUCCCACUCACAUCUGCCCCCUCCCCCUCACAUUUGCCCCCUCCCACUCACAUUUGCCCCCUCCCACUCACAUCUGCCUCCUCCCCCUCACAUUUGCCCCCUCCCACUCACAUUUGCCCCCUCCCACUCACAUCUGCCUCCUCCCACUCACAUUUGCCCCCUCCCACUCACAUCUGCCCCCUCCCACUCACAUCUGCCCCCUCCCACUCACAUCUGCCCCCUCCCACUCACAUCGCCCCCCCCACUCGCAUCUGCUCCCUCCCACUCGCAUCUGCCCCCUCCCACUCACAUCUGCCCCCUCCCACUCACAUCUGCCCCUCCCACUCACAUCUGCCCCCUCCCCCUCACAUUUGCCCCCUCCCCCUCACAUUUGCCCCCUCCCACUCACAUCUGCCCCCUCCCACUCACAUCUGCCCCCUCCCCCUCACAUCUGCCCCCUCCCACUCACAUCUGCCCCCUCCCCCUCACAUUUGCCCCCUCCCACUCACAUUUGCCCCCUCCCACUCACAUCUGCCUCCUCCCCCUCACAUUUGCCCCCUCCCACUCACAUCUGCCCCCUCCCACUCACAUCUGCCUCCUCCCACUCACAUUUGCCCCCUCCCACUCACAUUUGCCCCCUCCCACUCACAUUUGCCCCCUCCCACUCACAUCUGCCCCCUCCCACUCACAUCUGCCCCCUCCCACUCACAUCUGCCCCCUCCCACUCACAUCGCCCCCCCCCACUCGCAUCUGCACCCUCCCACUCACAUCUGCCCCCUCCCACUCACGUCUACCCCCUCCCACUCACGUCUGCUCCCUCCCACUCACAUCUGCCCCCUCCCACUCACAUCUGCCCCCUCCCACUCACAUUUGCCCCCUCCCACUCACAUCUGCCCCCUCCCCCUCACAUUUGCCCCCUCCCACUCACAUUUGCCCCCUCCCACUCACAUCUGCCCCUCCCCCUCACAUCUGCCCCCUCCCACUCACAUCUGCCCCCUCCCCCUCACAUUUGCCCCCUCCCACUCACAUUUGCCCCCUCCCACUCACAUCUGCCUCCUCCCCCUCACAUUUGCCCCCUCCCACUCACAUUUGCCCCCUCCCACUCACAUCUGCCUCCUCCCACUCACAUUUGCCCCCUCCCACUCACAUUUGCCCCCUCCCACUCACAUCUGCCCCCUCCCACUCACAUCUGCCCCCUCCCACUCACAUCUGCCCCCUCCCACUCACAUCGCCCCCCCCCCACUCGCAUCUGCUCCCUCCCACUCACAUCUGCCCCCUCCCACUCACAUCUGCCCCCUCCCACUCACAUUUGCCCCCUCCCACUCACAUCUGCCCCCUCCCCCUCACAUUUGCCCCCUCCCACUCACAUUUGCCCCCUCCCACUCACAUCUGCCCCCUCCCCCUCACAUCUGCCCCCUCCCACUCACAUCUGCCCCCUCCCCCUCACAUUUGCCCCCUCCCACUCACAUUUGCCCCCUCCCACUCACAUCUGCCUCCUCCCCCUCACAUUUGCCCCCUCCCACUCACAUUUGCCCCCUCCCACUCACAUCUGCCUCCUCCCACUCACAUUUGCCCCCUCCCACUCACAUUUGCCCCCUCCCACUCACAUUUGCCCCCUCCCACUCACAUCUGCCCCCUCCCACUCACAUCUGCCCCCUCCCACUCACAUCUGCCCCCUCCCACUCACAUCGCCCCCCCCCACUCGCAUCUGCACCCUCCCACUCACAUGUGAUGCCUUCUUGA